AUGGCCGACAACCACUAUGUCUCGUACACUGAGAACUUGAUGAAGUACAUGAAGCUCGACCAGAAGGGAAACGCCAUGGCGGAGUACAUCUGGAUCGAUGCUAACGGCCAUGUGCGCUCUAAGAGCAAGACCAUCACCUCGAUUCCUAAGGACGGUAACUUCAAACCCGAGGAUCUUCCCGUAUGGAACUUCGACGGUUCCUCCACCGACCAAGCUCCGGGUGACAACAGCGAUGUCUACCUACGACCCGUUGCGGUCUACCCCGACCCCAUGCGAGGUGUUCCCAACAUCUUGGUUCUUGCUGAAUGCUGGAACGCCGAUGGCACGCCCAACAAGUUCAACCACCGCCACGAGUGCGCCAAGCUGAUGGAAGCCCAUGCGGAGCACGUUCCGUGGUUUGGUCUUGAGCAAGAGUACACUCUCUUCGACAUGGAGGACAGGCCCUACGGAUGGCCCAAGAACGGCUACCCUGCUCCUCAGGGACCGUACUACUGCGGUGUUGGCGCUGGCAGGGUCAUGUGCCGUGAUAUUGUCGAUGCUCACUACAAGGCUUGCCUUUAUGCCGGCAUCAAGAUCUCGGGUACCAACGCCGAAGUUAUGCCUGCCCAGUGGGAAUUCCAGGUCGGCCCCUGCGAGGGAAUCGAGAUGGGUGAUCAGCUCUGGAUGGCUCGCUUCCUCCUUCACCGUGUUGCCGAGGAAUUCGGUGCCAAGAUCUCAGUCCAGCCUAAGCCCAUCCCUGGUGACUGGAACGGUGCCGGUCUCCACAGCAACUUCUCCACCAAGGAAAUGCGCGUCGAAGGCGGCAUGAAGCACAUCGAAGCGGCGAUCAAGAAGCUUGAAGGCCGACACAAGGAACACAUUGCCGUCUACGGUGAAGGCAACGAGAUGCGUCUAACUGGCAGACAUGAGACUGGCACCAUUGACCAGUUCAGCUACGGUAUCGCCAACCGAGGUGCCUCGAUCCGCAUUCCCCGAGAAUGUGCUGCCAAAGGCUACGGUUACUUUGAGGACCGACGUCCGGCGUCAAACGCUGACCCGUACCAAAUUACGGGUAUAAUAAUGGAGACGAUUUUCGGCGCAGCAAACUAG